AUGCAGGGAGGUAUAGAUGGUACAGCCAUGCAGGGAGGUAUAGAUGGUACAGCCAUGCAGGGAGGUAUAGAUGAUACAGCCAUGCAGGGAGGUAUAGAUGGUACAGCCAGGCAGGGAGGUAUAGAUGAUACAGCCAUGCAGGGAGGUAGAGAUGAUACAGCCAUGCAGGGAGGUAUAGAUGGUACAGCCAGGCAGGGAGGUAUAGAUGAUACAGCCAUGCAGGGAGGUAGAGAUGAUACAGCCAUGCAGGGAGGUAUAGAUGGUACAGCCAUGCAGGGAGGUAGAGAUGAUACAGCCAUGCAGGGAGGUAUAGAUGGUACAGCCAUGCAGGGAGGUAUAGAUGGUACAGCCAGGCAGGGAGGUAUAGAUGGUACAGCCAUGCAGGGAGGUAUAGAUGGUACAGCCAGGAAGGGAGGUAUAGAUGGUACAGCCAUGCAGGGAGGUAUAGAUGGUACAGCCAUGCAGGGAGGUAUAGAUGGUACAGCCAUGCAGGGAGGUAUAGAUGAUACAGCCAUGCAGGGAGGUAUAGAUGAUACAGCAAGGCAGGGAGGUAUAGAUGGUACAGCCAUGCAGGGAGGUAUAGAUGAUACAGCAAGGCAGGGAGGUAUAGAUGGUACAGCCAUGCAGGGAGGUAUAGAUGGUACAGCCAGGCAGGGAGGUAUAGAUGGUACAGCCAUGCAGGGAGGUAUAGAUGGUACAGCCAUGCAGGGAGGUAUAGAUGGUAGAGCCAUGCAGGGAGGUAUAGAUGGUACAGCCAGACAGGGAGGUAUAGAUGGUACAGCCAUGCAGGGAGGUAGAGAUGGUACAGCCAUGCAGGGAGGUAUAGAUGAUACAGCCAUGCAGGGAGGUAUAGAUGGUACAGCCAUGCAGGGAGGUAUAGAUGGUACAGCCAUGCAGGGAGGUAUAGAUGGUACAGCCAUGCAGGGAGGUAUAGAUGAUACAGCCAUGCAGGGAGGUAUAGAUGAUACAGCCAUGCAGGGAGGUAUAGAUGAUACAGCAAGGCAGGGAGGUAUAGAUGAUACAGCCAUGCAGGGAGGUAGAGAUGAUACAGCCAGGCAGGGAGGUAUAGAUGGUACAGCAAGGCAGGGAGGUAUAGAUGAUACAGCCAGGCAGGGAGGUAUAGAUGGUACAGCCAUGCAGGGAGGUAUAGAUGGUACAGCCAGGCAGGGAGGUAUAGAUGGUACAGCAAGGCAGGGAGGUAUAGAUGGUACAGCCAUGCAGGGAGGUAGAGAUGAUACAGCCAUGCAGAGGUAUAGAUGGACAGCCAGGCAGGGAGGUAUAGAUGAUACAGCCAUGCAGGGAGGUAUAGAUGAUACAGCCAUGCAGGGAGGUAUAGAUGGUACAGCCAGGCAGGGAGGUAUAGAUGGUACAGCCAUGCAGGGAGGUAUAGAUGGUACAGCAAGGCAGGGAGGUAUAGAUGGUACAGCCAUGCAGGGAGGUAUAGAUGAUACAGCCAUGCAGGGAGGUAGAGAUGGUACAGCCAUGCAGGGAGGUAUAGAUGGUAGAGCCAUGCAGGGAGGUAUAGAUGAUACAGCCAUGCAGGGAGGUAGAGAUGGUACAGCAAGGCAGGGAGGUAUAGAUGGUACAGCCAUGCAGGGAGGUAUAGAUGAUACAGCCAUGCAGGGAGGUAGAGAUGGUACAGCCAUGCAGGGAGGUAUAGAUGGUACAGCCAUGCAGGGAGGUAUAGAUGGUACAGCAAGGCAGGGAGGUAUAGAUGGUACAGCAAGGCAGGGAGGUAUAGAUGGUACAGCCAUGCAGGGAGGUAUAGAUGAUACAGCCAUGCAGGGAGGUAGAGAUGGUACAGCCAUGCAGGGAGGUAGAGAUGGUACAGCCAUGCAGGGAGGUAUAGAUGGUACAGCCAUGCAGGGAGGUAUAGAUGGUACAGCCAUGCAGGGAGGUAGAGAUGGUACAGCCAUGCAGGGAGGUAUAGAUGGUACAGCCAUGCAGGGAGGUAUAGAUGGUACAGCAAGGCAGGGAGGUAUAGAUGGUACAGCAAGGCAGGGAGGUAUAGAUGGUACAGCCAUGCAGGGAGGUAUAGAUGAUACAGCCAUGCAGGGAGGUAGAGAUGGUACAGCCAUGCAGGGAGGUAUAGAUGAUACAGCCAUGCAGGGAGGUAUAGAUGAUACAGCCAUGCAGGGAGGUAUAGAUGAUACAGCCAUGCAGGGAGGUAUAGAUGAUACAGCCAUGCAGGGAGGUAGAGAUGGUACAGCCAUUUUUCUCUGGAGGGGUCAUGAGGACAACAGGGGUCAUGAGGACAGAAGGGGUCAUGAGGAAAGAAGGGGUCAUGAGGACAGCAGGGGUCAUGAGGACAGAAGGGGUCAUGAGGACAGCAGGGGUCAUGAGGACAACAGGGGUCAUGAGGACAGAAGGGGUCAUGAGAACAGCGGGGGUCAUGAGAACAGCAGGGGUCAUGAGGACAGAAGGGGUCAUGAGGACAGCAGGGGUCAUGAGGACAACAGGGGUCAUGAGGACAACAGGGGUCAUGAGAACAGCGGGGGUCAUGAGAACAGCAAGGGUCAUGAGGACAGAAGGGGUCAUGAGGACAACAGGGGUCAUGAGGACAGAAGGGGUCAUGAGGACAACAGGGGUCAUGAGGACAGAAGGGGUCAUGAGGACAGCAGGGGUCAUGAGGACAGCAGGGGUCAUGAGGACAGCAGGGGUCAUGAGGACAGAAGGGGUCAUGAGGACAGCAGGGGUCAUGAGAACAGCAGGGGUCAUGAGGACAGAAGGGGUCAUGAGGACAACAGGGGUCAUGAGGACAGAAGGGGUCAUGAGGACAACAGGGGUCAUGAGGACAACAGGGGUCAUGAGGACAACAGGGGUCAUGAGGACAACAGGGGUCAUGAGGACAGCAGGGGUCAUGAUGACAACAGGGGUCAUGAGAACAGCAAGGGUCAUGAGGACAGAAGGGGUCAUGAGGACAACAGGGGUCAUGAGGACAGAAGUGGUCAUGAGGACAACAGGGGUCAUGAGGACAGAAGGGGUCAUGAGGACAGCAGGGGUCAUGAGGACAGCAGGGGUCAUGAGGACAGCAGGGGUCAUGAGGACAGAAGGGGUCAUGAGGACAGCAGGGGUCAUGAGAACAGCAGGGGUCAUGAGGACAGAAGGGGUCAUGAGGACAACAGGGGUCAUGAGGACAGAAGGGGUCAUGAGGACAACAGGGGUCAUGAGGACAACAGGGGUCAUGAGGACAACAGGGGUCAUGAGGACAACAGGGGUCAUGAGGACAGCAGGGGUCAUGAUGACAACAGGGGUCAUGAUGACAACAGGGGUCAUGAGGACAGCAGGGGUCAUGAGGACAACAGGGAUCAUGAGGACAGAAUGGGUCAUGAGGACAACAGGGGUCAUGAGGACAGCAGGGGUCAUGAUGACAACAGGGGUCAUGAUGACAACAGGGGUCAUGAGGACAGCAGGGGUCAUGAGGACAACAGGGAUCAUGAGGACAGAAUGGGUCAUGAGGACAACAGGGGUCAUGAGGACAACAGGGGUCAUGAGGACAACAGGGGUCAUGAGGACAACAGGGGUCAUGAGGACAGCAGGGGUCAUGAGGACAGCAGGGGUCAUGAGGACAGCAGGGGUCAUGAGGACAACAGGGGUCAUGAGGACAACAGGGGUCAUGAGGCAGCUAUAAUACUAUGA